AUGUCGACACUGCUCGUGACAUACACGCUCACAACAUGUGUUGCCUAUUUGUACCCUCUGUACGCGUCGUACAAGGCGCUUUCGGCCACCUCGCGCCGUGGCUCGACGCCUGGCGCUUAUCAGUGGCAUGCUGGCGCGGACAAAGAAGAGGCGCAAGCAGCAGCCACAGAGCUCAGCGAGCUGGAAACGUGGACGAUGUACUGGUGCAUCGUGUCUCUAUUUUGGCUCGUUGAUGCAUGGAUCGGAUGGAUGUUCCAGUGGGUGUCUUUGUACGCUCAUGCUAGGCUUCUUUUCAUGUGCUGGCUGGCCCUGCCUCAAACCCAUGGUGCUUCCAUUCUUUACAAGCACUACCUCGCUCCGUUUCUCGCCCAACACGAAGGCGACAUCGAGGGGCUCCUCGAUAUGGGGCGCACACGCAUGGUAGCCACUCUUUCUAAAACCUUUCAAGUUAUUGUGGCUAUUGUCAUGAGCGAAUUUCGACCCGACCCAGAGCCGGAGCCAGCGCCUGAAGGAGCAGCGGAUGAUGCACCUUUGCCACCUCCUGCAUCUGACCAUGCAUCCGAAGAGCCACCUGACUAUUCGGCUGUCGCAGAGCGACAGUCUGAUGAUGUACCGCCGAUCCUUCCCUCUGCCCCGCAAGCCGUGAAUUGGCUGGCUCAGCUUGCGCAUACGAGUGUUCUUCCUGAAAACGACACUGAGCCUGCCCCAGAUCAAGCUACUAAGCAAAGGCUUUUUCGCCGCUUGCGCAAGUAA